AUGCCAGUCCCUGAAGCAUCUACAGCGCCCAAACGAACUUACGAGGAAGCACUACUCUGUGCAUCUCGCCUUGUAUCUGCGAAACCAGAAACUCGAAAUAAGGCACUGUGGAUUCUGAAUGAAAUGCAGCUUCAACCAUUUGCCUUAGUUGAUUCCAAUAAUGUUAAACUUGCUGCAAUAACACAUAAAGACAAUUUGAUGCAAAUGAUCAAACCUGAUUGUGAUAAUCAAAUGCAGAUCGAGCACCAUCAUCUGAUAAAACACUCGUAUGCUGAAAUGUCUCCAGAAAUCGCCAAUAUGCUCAACACAGACUGGACUGUGUUGAGUUUCAAUCCUUAA